AUGACAGGGAGCCUGAGACAGAGCUCGGCCGAGUCCAUAGAGGCCAUGCACAACAUCUUGUGGGGCACCUGGCACCCCGGGCACGACGAGGUGUCCCUGAGGUACAACGACACUCUGGACAGAGUGGAGAUGAGGAUCGUGAAUACGUCGAGGCCGAAUGCCGAGCACAAGCGGCCCUGCAUCCUGGCAGUGCUGGAGGAUGCAGUGGAGCGCCACAACACCGCGCUGCAGGACCUGCUCGGGACGCGGGACCUUCGCCUGGUGGUGGAGACCGAGGACUUCCCCAUCACUGGCCGGAACAUCAGGCUGCCGGCCUUCUCCAUGGUCUGGGAGGAGGGCUGCAAGGACAUCCCCGUCCCGGACUUCACCUUCAAGUGUUACCCGGAGACGCGAUACACCAACUCCUCCUGGUACAACAUGAGCGGGCUGCUGGAUCAACGUGCCGGCAUGGUGGGCUGGAAAGCGCGGACCAACACGCUGUUCAGCAGGGGGCACUGGGGCGUGGGGCCACGGCGCAGCCUCAUGCCGGCCCUGGCAGCGCUGGCAGGGAACAAGACUGACCUGGAGACUCUGGGCGUGGCAGUGGACGUGGGGGACACAAAGUUCGUGGCGACAUCCGGCAACCAGUUUCAGUGGGUGGACGCCUGGUGCAACAACAAGUAUCUCCUGCACACGGCGGGCUUCAGCUACUCUGCAGCGCUCAAGUACCGGCUGGCGUGUGAAUCGCUGGUGUUCAAGGUGCAGUCCAAGUGGGUGGAGUUUUACGAGCCGGGACUGCUGCCGGGGGUCCACUACGUGGCCCUGCCCCCCUACGAGCACGAGGGCGGCGACGCGGAAAAGUACAUCAAGGAGAUGGGGCCCAUCCUGAAGAAGGCAGUGCAGGAGAGUGAAGGCAAGGCAGAAGCUCCUGCAGUCGCAAAGGCGGGGAAAGAAUGGAUCCUCAAGAAUCUGCAAGAGGAGGGCCUCUCAUGUUACUGGUUCCAGGCCAUCAAGCGAUACUCGGAGUUAUACUUUCACGAGUUCCCUGACAUAGAGGACCCCUCACGAUGA